CAAACCGCUCGGCGUGAGGGCGAGUGGGGCCCAUGACACGGACAGCAGCAUGAUGAGCGCGAUGAAGCAGCCCAAGAAGAAGCUGGCCAUGCCCAAGUCAGAAGACCCUGUGCAGCCAUCGCCCGCCAAGCGACCACGCGUCGACGCGUCGUCAUCACCCAAGCUACGCCCGUUGAAUCCGACAGCCAGUGUGCUGCAGCAGGGUGCACAGGUGAUUGCGUGGCUCGAAGAGCUCUCGACGGCGGCCAUGCACGAUGCGCCUUCGUCCCCGACCGAGAGCCCGCGGGCGACGCCGCGCCUUUCGCCGCUUGGUGUGGUGGCGUCGACGCCACCGCGUACGCAAUCGUUCCCGCGUCUCUUGCCAACAACGAACGACGAGGUACUGGUCGACGAAAGUGACGUCGUUCCGAGUGCCGACGCGGUGCCACCGCCACCGAUGUUUGCGACGCCGGCCAAGCGCCCUGUGCAGCGCCGGAUGGAGCUCGCGUCGCCGCUCGCGCGUCAAACGCCGUCCUCGGCUCCGAAGCACGCGACACCGACAACCAAACCGCCGCUGCACGUGGAUCUGCGGUCGCCGCCGUUCGCGGGAGGGCCCACCGCAUUGUCUCCGAUCGCAGUGUACACGCCACCGACAAAAUCAAAAAAGACACCAAGCCAAGGGCUCGCGGACGAAGCGCUGCCGGACGACUGCCAAGUGUGCGGCGAGUCGUACUCGGUGGAGAGUGACCCACUCUUGUACUGCGAUGGCUGCAAUGUUGGCGUGCACCAGCAGUGCUACGGCGUCGAGACCGUGCCCGCGGACGCCUGGUUUUGCGACCACUGCCGUCUCGUCAAGAAGCAAGGCGGGAUCGCCAAGUGCGCCCUCUGCCCGGUCCAGGCCGGCGCGCUCAUGCAGACGCAAUGCGGGGCAUGGGUCCACGUCCAGUGCUUCCUCUGGAUCCCCGAACUGCGCGUCGUGGCGGCCAAGGCCACGGGGUUCCGCCUCGGGUCCCUCGAAACGUUGGACCCGGAACGGUUCACGCUGCAAUGCGAGGUCUGCAAGACAAGCAACGGCGUCGGCAUCAUUCAGUGCGCGGAGCGCAAGUGCCUCGCGUCGUUCCACGUCUCUUGCGGGUACCAUGCCCGGUACGCCCUCGGCCAGAUCCAAGCGGGCGAUGACACGCGCUUCGUCAUGUACUGUCCGUCGCAUGCGUCUCUGCUGCACGUACCCGCGUCACCGUCUGCGAUAUUUGCGACCCCCGACGACGACAAGGCGAAACGAAAGAGUCGGAAACGCCUCAAGCAAGGCACGUCGUCGCGCCACGAGUCGAUCAAAUCAUCCAAGCGCACCAAGCGCCUGCGCGCCAGCAAGCAUCUCAUGGAGCAGUUUCUCGAGGUCGACGUCGGUGUCGAUGGCGAGGUGUCGUCCGACGACGACGAGGACGCCCUCGAGGCUGCUGGGCUGCCGCUGGACGACAGCUUUAUCUGCGACGAUGUGGCGAGUCAAGCGUUGUCGCCCGCCUCCAUGCAGGCGAUUUACCGCCGCCGGUCGCUCUCGCCGGGCCUUGGGCGGCACUUUAGCUCGAAUGGGGUCAUUGCAUCGCUGCUUCGCCGCGAGUCGCUGGCCAGUCUUGGCGACGACGAGAUUGGCGACGAGGACGAUGGCACGCUGCACCACGGGUAUCGAUGCGACGGGUGUGACCUCAACCCGAUCCAAGGCGUCCGCUACGCGUGCUCCGGAUGCAUCGGCUACGACCUCUGCACGUGCUGCUACAGUACUCGCACGCAGCUGCACGACCCACGUCACAGUUUUCUUGCCAUCCAAACGCCAGUGCCAUCGACGCAAGCUCCAACGCAAGCGCCGCCGACGCCAGCCAGCGUACCUGCUCCAGCAGAGGUCCACACAGAUGGCCCGGCCCGGAUCCUAGCGGCAACACCGUCGCCGGCACCGAUGCCACAGACAGAUGUGCCGGCGUCAGCCGCAAGUGGACUGACGCCUGCGCAAAUCGAACGCAUGGCAGAGCGACGGCGGGUAGCGAUGGAGAUUCAGCGCCAGCGGCAACUGCAGCAUGGUGCAACGACGACGGCGCCACCGGCUGCUCCACUGGCCGCGCCAGUGAUGGUGCAAAAGCCUCUUGCAGCACCAGCCACAUCAUUCGUGACACCGAUGCACCGAUCCGAGCCGGUCGCGCGAGCCGGUCUCUUGCGAUUGCCUCGCGCGCCGGCUGGAACACCCGUCGCGCCGCCAGUCGUUCCGAUCGAGGGCGAUGCCUUUGACGCUCCGUCGUUCAACUUGCUUGGUGCCGUCGCACCGGCGCCACCGCUUCUGCAGCCACCAUCGCUCGAAACAUCGGCGCCUUCGUUUCGCUUGAUGCCACCACCGUCGGCAGGCCCUGGCGCACCACCAGCAGGUGUUCCAACGUCAUCCUUCAACUUGUUGCCUCCGUCGGUCAGCGCUUUGUCGACGGCAAUGGAUGCUCCGUCGUUCAGCUUAAUGCCAGCUUCGCCCGUCCGCGUCGCACCCGAGGCACGGUCCGUCGCGCCGUCCAUCGCCAUCAUGUACCACCCGCGGCUCAAGCGCACGGCGUUUGCGACGGGCUGGCAGCAACCAGGCGUUGCCGCGCACGAAGAGAGUCGAUUGGACUGCGAUCUUGUGCUGGGUUUGCGUCUCGGAGUCAAUAUUUACGCCUACGAGCAACUGGUUCGGCUCCUGCAGACGACGUCGCCGUGGCCCACGCUCGCCGCCGUCUUUGCCAAAGUCGUGUUUGUCGUGCUCAACGCCCCGGCGCGCUCGGUGGCCGACGUCCAAGCACAGGUGGCCCGUCGCCACCCCAACAUUCGCGUUGAAGCCAAGACACCGGAGAGCGUCGUGCCCUGGCUGCUCGACACGGCGCGGCACGAGGCGGCGGACGGCGCGGCGCUGGUCAUGCUGCUGCGGGGGCACCCCACGGAUGCCCACUUUGUCGCUCGGUGGCAGUUUUUCGCCGGCUUGGAGCUCAGUAUCGGGACGCAGCUUGUGCUCACGACCAAGUUUAUGGCGCAGAGCGUCGACCAAGUACGUCGGCUCAAGUUCAAUUGGAUGCAUUGGAAGCGCCUGCUGCCAUGGACAUCGGAUGCAACGGCCCAAAAAAUCCUUGCAUAUGUCAAGCUACAAGUCUCAUAACGCUCUUCAAUCCAACCGCUUACAAGCC